AUGCCUGAGACUGUGAACGCUACACCAGAUUAUGAAACAUAUCUUCAUCGUAUUGGUCGCUGUGGUCGUUUUGGUAGACUAGGUUAUGUAUUUAAUUUAAUCAACUCAUUAUAUGAUGUUAUUAUAAUGAGAUCAAUUGCAAAAUACUUUAGUCAUCCUAUUGAAAGAAUUGCUAUUGAUGAUAUAAGUGAUCUUGAACCAUAUCAAGAUUAA